UAAAGUCGAUCAGUGCGCUAGACUCGGUACUGAGGUUGCACACUCUGGCUUGAUGGAGUGAGGAACGCGGUAGAGCCAGUUACGGAGGACUUUUGUGAAUUUCCAGAUUCGGAACAUGAACUACAUAUCAAAAAGACAUCGGCCCAUAGAUUCAGCUAGACCAGUUCAAUAUUAAAGUGAACAGAGCAAACGGUAAUUUCAGAGGUGUUCAUGCAUACCUUCAUAUAAAGCCAAUGUAAUAUAUCUGUCGUAUUUCAAAACUGUUUCACCGAAGUCCUGGAAUUUGUUGAUUCUCUAUCAAUUUUCCUCCCUCUUUCUACCUUCCCUUUCUAUUCAUUACAUUUGAGGCUCCGAAAGCUUCCAUUGCCUCUGCUACAAGGACUGUGGUGAUUUGGAACGGCAUUUGAUAGCCACUGGGCUUGAUUCAUCGCGGAGUUUUUGACUCCUCGUCAUGGGGUACAGUGGACAAACUGCUAGAAGUGGAAGAAGAGGAGUCGCGGGAUACUUAUUGAAGAUGAUCACCAUAUUUUUGAUUUUUCUAAUUGCCCUCGUGGAUAUCGGAGCUUCUCAAGUGAGAGAUGAUGAUGACUUCAUGGGAUUGGGUGAUCUGCCAGAGACCUUCCCCUCGGACCCUCCGGAGCCCCUCCCAGUGUUCCUGAUGGAGCCAGAGGAGGCGUACAUCGUCAAGAACAAACCUGUCAAUCUCUACUGCAAGGCCACGCCCGCCACUCAGAUCUACUUCAAAUGCAACAGCGAGUGGGUCCACCAGAAAGAACACACCGUAGAGGAGAGGGUGGACGAGAACUCGGGAUUGGUGGUGCGAGAGGCCAGUAUUGAGAUCACACGGCAGCAAGUAGAGGAGCUGUUUGGACCAGAGGACUUCUGGUGUCAGUGUGUUGCCUGGAGCUCUGCAGGGACCACCAAGAGUCGCAAGGCACACGUCCUCAUCGCGUAUCUCAGGAAGACGUUUGACCAGGAGCCUCUGGGAAAGGAAGUGUCUCUAGAACAGGAAGUGCUUCUUCAAUGCCGCCCCCCAGAAGGAAUCCCUGCUGCUGAGGUGGAGUGGCUGAAGAACGAGGAGAUCAUAGACCCUGCUGAUGACCGUAACUUCUACAUCACCAUCGACCAUAACCUGAUCAUCAAACAGGCCAGACUGUCUGACACAGCUAACUACACAUGUGUCGCCAAGAACAUCGUCGCUAAGAGACGGAGCACCACGGCAACUGUCAUUGUUUAUGUGAAUGGUGGCUGGUCAACGUGGACAGAGUGGACGGUGUGUAACAGUCGCUGUGGCCGUGGCUACCAGAAACGUACGCGCAGCUGCACCAACCCAGCACCUCUCAACGGCGGCGCCAUCUGUGACGGGCAAGGCAUUCAGAAGCUGGCAUGCAACCCACUGUGCCCAGUGGAUGGUCUGUGGACAGAGUGGAGUAAAUGGUCCACGUGUGGGACAGAGUGUACCCAUUGGAGGAGGAGGGAGUGCAGCGCCCCAGCGCCCAAAAACGGUGGGAAGGACUGUGAGGGCAUGGUGCUUCAGUCCCAGAACUGCACCGAUGGCCUGUGUAUGCAGAGUUCCUUAUAUCAGAAGUCCUCUGAAUUCAACAAAGACAAGAUUGAUUUGGGAUAUCCAUCUGCCCCCAGUACAGAUGAUGUGGCACUGUACGUAGGCGUCGUCAUCGCUGUGAUCAUGUGUCUGGUCAUCUCCGUCAUCGUGGCGCUGUUCGUCUACAGGAAGCACCAUCGUGACUUUGACUCUGACAUCAUAGACACCUCGGCCCUCUACGAGGGUUUCCAGCCCGUUAGCGUCAAGACGGCUCGAACAGCUGACCUUCUGACAACACCCCCUGACCUGACCUCUGCUGCCGCCAUGUACCGCGGUCCGGUCUACGCCCUCCAUGACGUCGCAGACAAGAUUCCCAUGACCAACUCCCCCCUCUUGGACCCCCUGCCCAACCUGAAGAUCAAGGUGUACAACUCCUCUGGUCUGGUCACCCCCUCUGAGGACCUGUCUGACUUCUCCUCCAAGCUGUCCCCUAAGCUGCCCCACUGCCUGCUGGAUGGGGACACCAUGGGGAGGAGGACCCAGACCCAGACCCUGCUCCGUACCGGCACCAGGGACCCCUCCUGUACCGCUCUGGGCUCCUUCAACUCCAUGGGUGGACACCUUAUUGUCCCAAACUCAGGGGUGAGUCUCCUAGUUCCAGCGGGGGCUGUCCCACAGGGUAGAGUGUAUGAGAUGUACGUGACCGUUCACAGGAAGGACAGCAUGAGACCCCCAGUCGAUGACUGCCAGACAGUGCUGAGUUCAGUGGUGAGCUGUGGCCCCCCAGGGGCCCUCCUGACUCGCCCAGUCAUCAUCACUAUGCACCACUGUGCUGAGGCCGAUAGUGAUUCAGCCGAGGAUUGGCUGAUCCAGCUCAAGAGCCAAUCACAGCAGGCCCAGUGGGAGGAGGUGGUGGUGGUAGGAGAGGAGAACUUCACCACUCCCUGUUACAUCCAGAUGGAUGAGGAGGCAUGUCACAUCCUGACAGAGACCCUAGGGACAUACUGCCUGGUAGGCCAGUCCUGCAGCGCGGCCACCACCAAGAGACUGAAACUGGCCAUCUUCGGCCCCGUCACCUGCCCCGCCCUUGAGUACCACAUUAGAGUUUACUGCCUGGAUGACACACAGGACUCAUUCAAAGAGGUUUUGCAGAUGGAGAAACAGAUGGGAGGGAAACUCCUGGACGAACCAAAGACACUCAACUUCAAGGACAGCACCCACAACCUGCGACUGUCCAUCCACGAUGUCCCACACACACUGUGGAAAAGCAAGCUACUAGCCAAGUACCAGGAGUUGUCAUUCCAGCAGGUGUGGUCUGGGUCCCAGAGGAACCUCCACUGUACUUUCACUCUGGAGAGGUUCUGUCCCAGCACCGUCAACCUGGCCUGUAAGCUGUGUGUUCGACAGGUGGAGGGGGAGGGACAGAUCUUCCAGCUCGACACUACCCUCUCAGAGGACACCCAGAGUAUCGACACGUCUCUGCUGGACCCAGCCAGUAACAUCACAACCCUGGUGGGGCCCAAUGCCUUCCGCAUUCCCCUCUCCAUCAGACAGAAGCUCUGUGGCAGCCUGGACGCCCCACAGAACCGAGGAAACGACUGGAGGAUGCUGGCACACAAACUGAACCUGGACAGGUAUUUGAAUUACUUUUCCACUAAAUCCAGUCCUACGGGGGUGAUUCUGGACCUUUGGGAGGCCCAACACUUCCCAGACGGGAACCUCGGCCGCCUGGCUGCCGUGCUGGAGGAGAUGGGUCGCCAUGAGAACCUUGUGCUCAUGGCAACAGACCACUGACACCCGUCCUUCAAAGAACAGGAAGUUCCAGGGAGGAGUAAGAGAUGAGUCACAGAGAAAAGAAGAGAGAGAGGAACACAGGACAGGCAGAAAUACAGGACAGGCAGGGCAAGACCUCUCUUCCAUCAGAGAACACACAUCCAUAGAGACACACACACAAACAUACACUGAACAAAAAUAUAAACGCAACAUGCAACAAUUUCAUAGGUUUUGUGAGUUACAGUUCAUAUAAGGAAAUCAGUCAAUUGAA